AUGGCGGGCGCGGGCGCCAGGCGGCGCGCGGCGGGCGCGGGCGCGGGCGCGGGGCCGGCGGGCGACGAGGAGCCGGCGCGCGAGCGGAUGCUGGCGCCGGCGGGCGCGGGCGCGGGCGCGGGCGAGGGCGAGGCGGUGGCGCUGCAGCGCAGCAUCACGCUGCUCAACGGCGUGGCCAUCAUCGUGGGCACCAUCAUCGGCUCGGGCAUCUUCGUGACGCCCACGGGCGUGCUCAAGGAGGCGGGCUCGCCGGGGCUGGCGCUCGUGGUCUGGGCCGCCUGCGGCGUCUUCUCCAUCGUGGGCGCGCUCUGCUACGCCGAGCUGGGCACCACCAUCUCCAAGUCGGGCGGCGACUACGCCUACAUGCUGGAGGUCUACGGCUCGCUGCCCGCCUUCCUCAAGCUCUGGGUGGAGCUGCUCAUCAUCCGCCCGUCCUCGCAGUACAUCGUGGCGCUGGUCUUCGCCACCUACCUGCUCAAGCCCGUCUUCCCCACGUGCCCGGUGCCCGAGCCGGCCGCCAAGCUGGUGGCCUGCCUCUGCGUGCUGCUGCUCACGGCCGUGAACUGCUACAGCGUGAAGGCCGCCACGCGCGUGCAGGACGCCUUCGCUGCCGCCAAGCUCCUGGCUCUGGGCCUCAUCAUCCUGCUGGGCUUCAUCCAGCUCGGGAAGGGCAAUGUGUCCAACCUGAACCCCACACACUCCUUCGAGGGCACCAAACUGGAUGUGGGCAACAUCGUGCUGGCCCUCUACAGCGGGCUCUUCGCUUACGGCGGAUGGAACUACCUGAACUUCGUCACGGAGGAGAUGAUCAACCCCUACAGGAACCUGCCCCUGGCCAUCAUCAUCUCCAUGCCCAUCGUCACGCUGGUGUACGUGCUCACCAACCUGGCCUACUUCACCACGCUUAGCACGGAGCAGAUGCUGGCGUCCGAGGCCGUGGCCGUGGACUUCGGCAACUACCACCUGGGUGUCAUGUCCUGGGUCAUCCCCGUCUUCGUGGGCUUGUCCUGCUUCGGCUCCGUCAACGGCUCCCUCUUCACUUCGUCCAGGCUGUUCUUCGUGGGCUCCCGGGAAGGGCACCUGCCGUCCGUCCUCUCCAUGAUCCACCCGGACCUCCUCACCCCCGUGCCCUCCCUCGUGUUCACGUGUGUCAUGACCCUGCUCUACGCCUGCUCCAGCGACAUCUUCUCCGUCAUCAACUUCUUCAGCUUCUUCAACUGGCUCUGCGUGGCGCUGGCCAUCCUGGGCCUCCUCUGGCUGCGCUACAAGAGGCCUGAGCUGGAGCGACCCAUCAAGGUGAAUCUGGCUUUGCCGCUCUUCUUCAUCCUGGCCUGCUUCUUCCUCAUCGCCGUCUCCUUCUGGAAAACGCCCGUGGAGUGCGGCAUCGGCUUCGCCAUCAUCCUCAGCGGGCUGCCCAUCUACUUCCUCGGGGUGUGGUGGAAAGACAAGCCCAAGUGGCUUCUGCAGGGCAUCUUUUCCACCACCGUCCUCUGCCAGAAGCUCAUGCAGGUGGUUCCCCAGGAGAACUGAGCAGUCACAGCUGCCGGCAGACCCGGAUGACCAGCACCCGCCAGCCCGGCGCACUCUAGGGCCGCGUCAGCC